AUGAACUCACCCUCUAGCAAUUAGUUGCUUCAAAAACUUCAAAAUUUGCAUUUAACUCAAAAGAAAACCAUCCAGCACUCACAUUCACCAAAACAUUCAGAAAUCAACUAAUUCCUCCAUGCUCCAUCGACAAUCCCCUACCUUCAAAUCAAACAAUGUGAUGUCGGAUAGUUGACUGACCGCAUUGUCAGAGAAAUGGAUAAGCACACCUCAUUCGCCCAAAUUGAAAACCCCCUAGAAAUUCAACACUUUCAACAUGCCAACCCGCCUAUCUAAAUAUCAUCCUUAACCCACAUUGAUAAAAAGCUCAAACAACUUAAAUAUGCCAAAGACCAUGAUCACAACAUAUUUGCAGCAGUUUUAACAAAAAUGAAACUCUUUUGUCUUGACAAUUCAACAAUUUGCUUUGAUUUUUAUAGAUGCACCGAUCUUAUUCUACUCAAAUAUAUGAUCUAUCUUUUGAUAUUAGAAUUGAACCAAGAAACCCCCAAUAAUUAGCAAGAACCAGUUCCAGAGUACAAAUAACAAUUCCAAAGCAUGGUCAAGGACAUUGUCAUAAUCAUUUAUGAAAUCAUAGAAAAAAUCAAAUCUAAAUAGCACAUUAAUCCUUAAAUGGAUAUCCUUAAUAAUUAAUUGAUCAAAAUUUAAAAUUCCUUUAAGCCUCAACCCAAUAGUCCUGUUAAAACUAUCAAGAAACCAUCACAUCAUCGUGAAUUCGGUAGCUGUAAUUUAGAGAAUAACAAAGCAGCAUACCAUUAAAAUAUACUUGCUACUGAAAUUAGUACUAAUUCUAAUCAUCAUUUAAAUAAUGGAUAAUAAAAGAUAAUCAAAUACCAAAUUGAUGAGUUGGAAUAGAAAUCUAAAAUUAUUACCUCCUUAAAUGACUAAAUUUUGAAAUUAUAAAAUAAUAAUAAAUAAUAAAUUCUUUCAAUUUCGGAGUUAAAUGCUUAAAUUGAAUCUAUCAUUUCUUAAUUGCAAUCUAAAACUGAUGAAAGCAAUUAAAAAAGCAAUAUGAACUUUUAAAGUCAAGUAACCAGCUUUGUUUAGAAGAAAAAGAUCAUUAUUUUAAUCUUUACCAUGAUUUUGAAUUGGAAAAUACGACACUCAAAUAAAAUCUUGAGAAAUACCAAGUAGUUAUCUUAUAUCAACUAGGUGGUUCACGAUUAAAUAAAGUCGCAGUUUGAUUAAUAUUAGAAUGAAACUUAUUCUUCCUAUUAGUAAUAAUGUAAUCAACUACAAUAAAUUAAAGAUAAUGAGAUUAAACAAUUAAAAAUAGAAUUAAAUGAAAAAUCCUCUAUAAUUAACCAAUUAUUAGAAGAUGCCUUAUUUUUUGGUAAGUAAUACAAGUAAAUUGUUGAGAGAAUAGUUACUAUAUCUUAAGAUGACAAUGGAAAGGAGGUGCAACAAAUGUAGAAGGAGAUUUUAUUUUUGGAAAACACUGUGAAUGCUAAGUUAAAUGCGAUAUCGAGUUAUUCAGAGAAUAUGAUAUAUGAUUCAGGCCAAGAAUUUUUAUAGUAGAGUCAAUUAUCUAAUAAGUUGGUAAGUAAGGCCUCAUCUCCCAAAAGUGGAAAUCAAUAAUUAAGCAGGACUUCUGAGUUCCUUAAUGGGCAAAAAAAUUAGUUUGAAUUGAUGCAAAUGCUUUUGGCUUAAUGUCAAGUACUAGAGGAGUUUUUAUUAUGA